AAAAGGAAUUGUGUUCUAGGGCUUCUGUCGCUUCUCGGAUGCUCGAAGUCGAAGGAUAAGAUUUGGGUUUUGUGUUUGGGAGAUUAGCUUCAGUUUCAUCAGGAGCAGCGCCGAAAAGAUUACAAGUAAUUCCAAUUUAUGGGACUGGGUUCCUAUUUCGCUUUUUCCAAAGGUUUUACACACAACACACAGAAGCAGCCAUGGAUGAAGAAAGGCCAAUAUUCAUCCCAGAUGAAUGGUCCGACGCCGCAGAGACAAUAGCAAUCGGUGAUUCGAUCACUUCGCCGCCUCCAGUUACUCUAAUCUGCGGCCCCAAGAAUAGCGGCAAGACCACCUUCUCUCGCCAUCUCGUCAACAUUCUCCUUCAAAGAUACAAAAAAGUAGCUUAUUUGGAAACAGAUGUUGGGCAGACAUUAUUUACUCCUCCUGGUUGUCUAUCACUGACUACAAUUGACAAGAUAACUACAGAUUUAAAAAUUGCAUGCCUGAAAACGCCCGAGAGAUGCUUCUUCUUUGGUGACAUUUCCUCGAAAAGGGAUCCAACAACUUACUUGAAAUCUAUAUUUUCCCUAUAUGAUUACUAUUGGAAUAAGUACUGCAUGUUUAACAAGAGGGAAAACCCUGGUAAUACUGGAUUGCCCCUUGUCAUUAAUACUCCUGGCUGGGUGAAAGGUAUUGGCUAUGAUAUACUGGUGGAUAUGUUAAAAUAUAUUGCUCCUACCCAUGUAGUUAAGAUAUGCAUAUCUGCUGAGAGUAAGAAUUUGCCUACUGGGCCAUUCUGGUUAGACGAGGGAGAUGACACCGCAGUGAAUCUAAUUGAGGUUAACUCAGCUCGCCAGGACUCUUUGAAAAGAUCGAUUCUAAAAUCAAAUAAUGCACGCGAUUUGCGUGAUCAGCGUAUAUUGGAUUAUUUCAAGCAGUGCUUUCCGACUGACUUGAAUGUUAUCUUUAUCAAGGAUCUUGCUAAUGCAUUGGCCUCUCAUCCUCCUUAUGAAAUUUCAAUAUCUAGUGUCAAGAUUAAACAUCUCCAUUGUCAGGUCCCAACUGCUGAAACUUUCUACAGUUUAAAUGCAACCAUUGUCGGCUUGGCGGUUAGUUCUGCAGAUUAUGAACAUUUGCCUUCAUGUGUUGGUCUGGGGAUUGUGAGAGGCAUUGACACUUCGAAACAGUUACUCUACAUCAUUACUCCUGUUCCACAGAACAUUCUGGAGAAGGUUGAUCUUUUAUUACAGGGGUUUAUCCAAAUUCCUACUUGUUUGUUGCAGGUGCAGGGAUGCAAUUCGCCUUACAUGUCUGCAAAUGUUUUGCUUACAAGCUAGCUGGUCCCAGUUUCUGACAAUCGAGAUUUUCUUUAAUCGGUCUCCAUAACAGUUAGUUAACUAACGACAUCCCAAGGUUAUUUGACUGGGCAGUUUUGUUAUUAGACAUAUUUAUAAAAUUUAACAAAAAAACAUUGUAUCAAAAAUAUCUUUUGUUUAUGUAACACACACCAGCACUCGCAGUACUGUCAAUUAGAUAUACUAGCAAUUUUUGAGCUUGUGUGAAUAUUUUACGGGAUGAUAGUGUAAACUGGAAAAUGGUUAAUUCAAUUGGUGGUUUGACUAUAAUUCCUUUUCAUUA